UUAAACACUGUCCACUCGAAUCACAAACUACUUCUGUAUCCCUACCAUUAACCGAUACUAUUACUGGUAAUAAGGUAGUAAACGAGCUAGGUCUGAAAAUUGAUGAUAUAUCUAAUGCAGAAAUAUAUGAUCCUAUUAGCAAGCUUGAUGUAGUAGGAGGAAUUCGCGAAAUAGAUGUUUCAAUCCUGUCGAAAGACUAUAAAUAG